UUCAAAGGGUUAAAUAUGGAAGAUAUUUUCAGAGAUUCUCCCUUUUAUUUUUACAUACGAGUUAUGAAAUGGUUUGGCCAGUGGCCGUUUCAGUCCAAGAUGGAAAGCAAUAUUCGGAAGUACCUGAUAAUAUCACUCUUGCUGAGUAUAUUCGUGCCAUCGAUUAUCAAAUUCUACGAAUUUCGGAAUGACGUCUACAAAAUGAUGGACUGCAUUCCGAUGUUGGGACUUCAUCUCGCAAGUAUAUCGAAAUUUAUAAAUUGGAGUUAUCACCAUGAAAAGAUUGAACAGUUGCUAAUGCACAUGCAGUACGAUUGGAGCAACUUGAGGAACAAAUUCGAUGCGGAUAUUCUGGAGAAAUUUCGAAGGCCCAGUCAAAUAUUAUACGUCAUUUAUGCAAUAAUAGGAAUUUAUGGAACAACAGCGGUGUAUCUAGUUACUCCGCUUGUCCCAAUAAUUUUAAAUAUUGUAUUGCCUCUGAAUGAAUCUCGACCGCAUGUGUAUGUUUAUCAUACGGAGUACUUCGUAGAUCAGAACAAAUAUUAUUAUCCAAUACAAUUGCAUGCAUACAUGACAAUUCCAGUAUCAGUUACAUGUCUCGUUGCUUUCGAUCAAAUGUGCGCGAUGUUCAUUCAACACGCGUGUGGAAUGUUGGAGAUCCUGAAAAUGCAUCUGCAAAAUCUACAUGCAACAUUUCUGGCGAAUGACGGGACAGCAUUAUCACUGAGAGAGGAAGCAGUUGCCAAAGAAAUAAUUUAUUGUGUGCGAAUACACAAUCGAAUUUUUAAAUUUUUGGAGAUCGUAGAACAUUGGGAUCAAGUUGUACUGUUGAUCGUUGGAGCAGGAAAUACAAUGACUCUAACGGCUUGUGGAGUUGGAGCUAUUCUGAAUAAACCAGAUUUCUUGGGUUUUGUGAGAUUGACUCUUUUCAAUUUCGGGGGUACAAUGCAUCUGUUUUAUAAUUGCUGGCAAGGACACUUGAUUCUUGAACAAGGCGAAAGUAUUUUUAUUCUGGCUUAUCAGAAUGAGUGGUAUGAAUUGCCAUGCCAUUUGCAGCGAAUGCUAUUACCCAUAAUGGCAAAGAGCAUGAAACCACGUGAAAUAACAGCUUGCAAGUUAUUUCCAAUGUCAUUAGCAACCUUUGGAAUGGCGAUGAGAGCAUCUCUGUCAUAUUUCACUCUCUUCAAGUCCAUGAAAUGAAUCCCUCGAGGGAAAAAUCUCUGGGUAGAAAGUAGCAGACGAUUAGUAUUUGCGAUUGAUAUUUAUAGUUUUGAAUAGUUUUUUAAAUAAAGGAUGCUAGA